AUGCUAGGUAUGGUCAAUAGUGUCUCCAGUGCCAUGGUGCCUGUUGGUGGCACAGCCACAGAUCUACCUGCAUGGUACCUAAAGGGGGGGAAAUUUGUAAAGAUUACCUUCCCCAAUGGUACCCAGAAAACUGUCCCAACCAUUGAAAAACUGCAGAACAUCAAGAAGUGCAAGGGGUUAGAAGGGUACAUGGAUUUUGGCGUCAGAAAGACAUUCCCCCAUGGCAUGUGGUUAGAUAUCAAGACUAAGGCUGCAUACCCAGUCCUCUACCACUUCCCAGAGGACUGGGCUGGGAGAGCCUUGAUGAAGACCAUAUGCAAAAACAAGCAUGACACCAAGGCAAAUAAGCAAGGGCAGCUAUGCAGAGGGAAGAAUGCCAAUACAAAUGCCCCUCUCCAAAGCGCCAAGGAAGAUCCUGCCAAAGAAGAGCCCAUCAAAGAAAAGCCUGUCAAGGAGGACCCCAUGGCCAAAGAACCUGCAGAUGAAGAACCUGCAGGUACCAUUGGACCCAACUUAGACAAGGAUGAUGUUGGAGUGCAGGUGAGCUCAACAAGGACUGCAGAUUUAGGAAAGAAGCGCUGCUGUAUUGAGGAUUCCAAUAGCAAGGAUGAACCAGAGGUCAAGCAAUCUGUAUUCAAGGCUUGCACCUUGACUCCGGCCCUGACUCCCACAUCCAAUGCUCCAGUGCUCAAGCCCUCUGCUUGCGCAUCCAAAUCUUCCUCUUGCACGCAUAAGCCUGCUGGAUCCAAUACUCCUGCAACUAAGGCCAAGACCCCCACUGCUGCUGCCAUUGCCAAGUCUGCCAGUGCCUUAACCAAGGCACCUACACCUGCUUCCAUUGCCAAAUCCUUGUCCAUAUUGAAGCCAUCCCUGCCUCUAAAGGUGCCUCUGGCUACUGUGAAAAAGGCAGGCAUUGGUAAGACUACCAAUCAAACAGUACUGAUCACCAAGUCCACCAAUACAGGUGCAUUGCCAAGUCUCAAGAGGAAGGCUCAACCUGAACCUGGCCCCAGUGUGGAAUUCAACCUUGAAACUGCAACCAAACCAGCAAAACCCCCGCCAACCAAGCACCAAAAGGGCAGCGUACAUACCAAAGGGAAAGUGUCCAGGCGCUCAAACUCUUGGGCGCAGAACUGCCAAGACAAAGUCUUGCAGCUGGAGAGUGCAAGUGCAAAGACAAAGAAGAAAUCCACUGCUGUAGCCUCCACCUCUGCCUUGAUUUCAACUAAAGUCAUGGUGGCUUUGAAUACUGCCAUUGCUCCUGUCUCUGAGCCAUCCAACUCAGUGCCAAAGCCCUGUGUUUGUCCAAAGCUGUCAUGA